AUGACUGUCCUAUGGCUUGUUGGUGGGGAUUUCAACGUUAUAUGGGAUGAGGAGGAGAAAUUUAGUGGACUACCAAUGUCCUUAAACGAGGUGGAUGCCUUCAGGAAUUGUAUUAACACUUGCAAUCUCACUGAUCUUGGCUUCAAGGGCAGCAUAUUCACAUGGUGGAAUGGACGUGCAAAAGAAGAUUGCAUUUUCAAAAGACUUGACCGUUGUUUUGCUCACAUGGAAUUCCAACAAACUUUCCUAGGGAUGCAAUGGUUUAAGGAUAGUGAUAGGAACCCUAUGUUCUUUCAUGCAAAAGUUAAUGGGAGAAGGAGGAGAUUGAAGCUCAAGAGAAUUCAAAACAAACUUAGAAAUUGGAUUGAAGAGGAGGAAGAAAUAGUUGACGAAGCUUUGCAUUUUUUCAAAGAUCAAUUCGAUGAAACAGUGGUUCCAACUGCAUUUGGAAUACUGGAUCAUGUGCCUACGCUGGUGAAUAUGGAGCAGAACCUAGAAUUGAUCAAACAACCCACAAAAGAAAAGGUCAAACAAGCUGUAUUUGGCCUUAAUGGACAUAAUGCAGGGGGUCCAGAUGGUUUCACAGGAUGCUUUUAUCACUCUUGUUGGGACAUAAUUGGAGAUGACAUCUUUGAUAUGGUAGGCUUUAUGAAAGGGAGGAGUAUAGCUGAGGAUGUGCUUUUAACUCAGGAGAUCAUUACUAACAUAAGGUUAAGGACUAAAGCUGGACCUAAUGUAGUAAUGAAGCUUGAUAUGACUAAAGCUUAUGAUAGGAUUUCUUGGUUAUUCUUGACUAAGAUGUUAAGGAAGAUGGGGUUUUGUGAGAGAUUCAUAGGAUUGGUUUAUGGAAUUGUUUCAAAUAAUUUGUACUUUGCGCUCAUCAAUGGACAACCUCAUGGUUUCUUCAAAUCCACUAAGAGUGUUAAGCAAAGGGAUCCAGUGUCUCCUAAUCUCUUCAUUCUAGCUGCUGAGGUUUUUCCAAGAGGUUUAAAUGUUUUGAAUUUGAACCGAUAUUUCUGUGGGUUUGGAUUGCCUAAUUGGAGUCUGAAGAUCAAUCACUUAGCAUAUGCGGAUGACACCAUUAUCUUCUCUUCAUCAAGCGCUAAGUCAUUGCAGCUAUUGAUGGAAGUCUUGAGUGCAUAUGAAGCUGCAUCUAGACAAUUGGUGAAUAAGAGUAAAUCUGCUAUUUAUAUGCAUCAUCCAGCAAGGUUGCAGGUGGUCACAAAGGUAGAGAGAAUUACUGGAAUGAGAAGGCAGGAGUUUCCAUUUACUUACUUAGGAUGUCCCAUCUUUUAUGCUAGGAGAAAGAUGGAAUACAAUGAG